AACGUGACAGCCUUUGCCUGAUCAUAUCAUCUAUCAUAUUCAUGGCUGAGUUCAAGCACUUGGUGGUGGCUAAGUUCAAGGAAGGAGUUGUUCUUGAUGAGAUUUUGAGUGGAAUGGAGAAGCUUGUUUCUGAUAUUGAAUCUGUCAUAUCAUUUCAAUGGGGAGAAGACAUUGAAAGCUUGGAUAUGCUAAGGCAAGGAUACACACAUGCUUUCAUGAUGACAUUCAAGAGCAAGGAUGAGUUCAAUGCAUUCCUUGGCCACCCCAAGCACCUCGAAUUCUCGGAAACUUUCUCCCAAGUUAUCGAAAAGAUUGUCGUCCUCGAUUUCCCUGUUGUUCUAUCCAAGUCGCCUUCGCCUCCGCCCCCACCGCCGCCUGCAUAAUUUUAUUAUUCCAAUCUAUAAUAAUAAUAAGUGUUAUGCCUCCCUUGAUCACUUCAUGUAUGCAUUUCUAUGAAUUAUUAUUAUCAUUGUAUGAGCAGCCUUAAUUAAUUUCCCAGUUUCUGCU